GGUCGUAGCCUCGAUCUCGCUCUCGUUCUCUACUUCAAAAUGGUGUCGAUGAAUAUCCCAAACGAAUAUGGCUAUGUUGUUCUCACAUCUGUUGCCUCUGGCGUGAUGAUGGUUUACUUAGGGUUAAACGUGGGAAAAGCACGGAAACUCUACAAAGUAAAUUACCCUAAGAUGUAUGAUGACAGCAAGCCUAUUUUCAAUUGCUAUCAAAGGGCACACCUGAACACGGUUGAAGUUUAUCCCCAGUUCUUGCUUUUUCUGUUGCUUGGAGGAUUGGAACAUCCCGUGUUAACUUCUGCAGCAGGACUUGUCUGGAUUGUCAGUAGAUUCUUCUAUGCCCAUGGAUACUACACUGGAGAUCCCGAGAAGCGCAUGCGUGGUAGCUUUGGUUACUUGGGUUUCUUCACCAUGCUUGGAUGCACUGUCAAGCUGGGACUUCGCUUGCUGGGUUAUUUCUAAACCAGUGUAUCACCCUCAAGAACAUAUAUCAUACUACAUUCGUUUCCUGACUCGCCUGUUUUUUUCACCAGAACAAUUCAACCACUAUAGAUAAUCCCCACAAUGAAAUGAAUACUUGUAUUUUUUUAUCAGUAGGAAUUCGUAGGUCUUCAAUUGUAUUCAAUUAGCACCAGAUUAGUUAGCUUUUUUACAAUUCUUGUAUUUCUGAUUUAAACUAGAUAGUAAACGUACAAUGUAAACUUAAGAAAUCAUCAAACCAAUGAAUAAUUUAGGUUUAAGAAACCAUCAAUGCAAACCAAUGAAAUAAAGUAGACAGAUCUACCGGUAA